GUGCGAAGCACUGAACAACCACCGCAGCAAAACUUUACACCCGUUUCUUUGACUCUCGGCAACCUUCUAAGUACUCCUUCUUUUCUUUCUCUUCUAUUUUCAUCUCUAUUUCCACAUUCCAAAGAAUUCAAGUCAAGUCUAGGUUAACCCAAGAAAAAAGAAGAGAAAAAGUAACCAACUCUCAGAUCCAAUUGAAUCAGUUUUGCUUUUCUUUCUUUUGAUUCUGAAUGGACGCUGCUUCGUCUUCUUCGAAUCAUGCUGAAUUCGAUUACUUGUUCAAGCUUCUCAUGAUUGGGGAUUCAGGGGUUGGCAAAAGCACGCUGCUUCUCAGCUUCACCUCUGAUACGUUUGAGGAUCUUUCUCCCACUAUCGGUGUGGAUUUCAAAGUUAAAUACGUUACAAUUGGUGGGAAAAAGUUAAAACUUGCUAUUUGGGACACAGCUGGACAGGAAAGGUUUAGAACACUUACUAGUUCAUAUUAUAGAGGAGCACAAGGAAUAAUUAUGGUAUAUGAUGUAACUCGACGGGAGACCUUUACAAAUCUAUCUGAUAUAUGGGCCAAAGAAAUUGAUCUAUACUCUACAAAUCAAGACUGUAUCAAGAUGCUUGUAGGAAACAAAGUUGAUAAGGAAAGUGAAAGGGUUGUCAGCAAAAAGGAAGGGAUUGACUUUGCUAGGGAAUAUGGAUGUCUUUAUACUGAAUGUAGUGCAAAAACCCGAGUAAAUGUUGUGCAGUGUUUUGAAGAGCUUGUAAUGAAGAUUUUGGAGACACCAAGCCUCUUGGCUGAUGGCUCAUCUGGUAUGAAAAAGAACAUCUUCAAGCAGAAACCCCCACAGUCUGAUGCAUCAAAUAGUAGCUGUUGUUCAUGGUGAUUGUAAGGUUUACUUUCAGUAUGAUCUGGAUUUCAAGGGCAAUAAAAUUUCAUCAGAUGUACCCAAAUUUAAUUUCAUUAGAGCCUGCAUAUCUGGAUUAAGUGAUGGAUCUUCUCAAGAGUUUUACUACCUUUAAAGAUCUCCAUUUUACUGGGUGUGAGCAAGUAAUCAGGCUGGGAUUCAUAUUUCA